AUGUCAUCCGAGAACGCUCCUACCUCCUCGAUCUCACUCUUGCCACCCAUAAAGCACGACGCGUCACUGACGCAGCAGCCUUUGCAGCAGCCUUCGUCUGAUGACCAUGACGCCGGGCCAACCCUGUUCACCAAUCUACUUCUGAACCGUAAACAAGUCUACGGUGACCGCUCAGCUACUCCACUUGAUACUGAAUUAGCCUUGUGUAGCCUACAGGACAGGAGCACGCGAAACGGCAACUCGCCCCUACCUUCAGUAGAGACGGACGCUAAGCCGUAUAUCCCACCAGAAGACUUGGACGUGGACUUACUCCUGAACGAGCUGCUAUCAAUGGCCCCGGUAGGCAAAACAACAAAGAAGCGAGGUCGACGAAGUAGACAAUCAGCAGCGCUAAAGCAGAAAACCCCGAGCCCCAGAGCUAGGGAAAGUGCUACGCGGACGAGUUCCAGGAUCAACGCCGCGAAGAGGCGGAAGACUGGGCAAAACAGCAGUCGCAAGCUCGACACGCAAGAGCCAUUACUGGGUGAGAGUAACGAGACGCUGGCCAGGGCGGACAAUUCAGAGGAACCCACGAUCAUUGAAAUUUCUGAUGGGGAGGAUGAAGAGCCCAAGCCCAAGCCUCGACGUACUCUUGUGGCUCGAUUGGGACAAUCAUCUUCGAAGGCAUGUGGUCAUACACAAGAAUUGCAGCGGCUGCGAGAAGAAAUCGCAGCUGCGAAGAGGGAAAUUGUGGCAGCCAACGCUACCGCCGAAGCUGCGAGAGCUGAGACAGAAGCCACGCGUACACUGUUGCAUACGAAGGACGAACAAAUCAAGGUUUCGGAGAAGCGCAUUGAUGAUCAAGCGACUAGCCUCGGAAGCCUACAGUCGACAGUCGAAACACUGCAAACUGGCCUGAGGGAAGUCACGAGAGAAAGGGACCAGUUCCAGGCUCAAUCCGAGGAGCAUAAGCGUCUUGUCGUUGACCAUGACCUCGCUAUUGCCGAGCUGAAGGACACUCAGAGCAGGUUCCAAGCACUUGAACGAAAAUCCAACGUCGUCGAGAAAGAACACGCCGAAGUUGUCCACAGCCUUAGUGAGAGACUCUUUAGCACCGAAGCUGUACAGUCGCCCCAAAGCUCCCAAGGCAACCUCCCCUCCUCAUUCGCAUCCAAGAUCCGACAGCGCACCAGGCCUGCCACUCCGCCUGCCACGCCCACUUUUUCUAAUCCCCUUGGCUCCUCUAUCGCCCCAUCGGCCUCACCUUUUCGCUCGACAGCCUCUGUUGACGAACAAAAGACCGAAGGUGUGCGCAGGAUGUAUGUCAAGAUUAAGCGGAAACACGAUAACUUGCACUCUGUGCUGAUCAAUCUGGAGACUUGUACGAGGAGCAUGAAUUUGAGUAGCUUUGGAGAGUUUGGACGAAUCAUGAAACAGGUUAGGGCGGCAUUGGAGGAGGAUGGGCGGGAGCAGUAG